AACUCGACCGCCUCCUUCUUCACGUACCCGGUAUCGAAAACCGUGACAGGGCUCCUGCGGCGCAUGUCGACGGAGCCGACGAGCAACGCGGCCAAAAACGGCGGAGGAGGAGGAGGAGGAGGGAGGAACGGCGGGGCGCGCCCAACGAGCAUGAUCCAGCCCAACGUGUCGGGCGUCGAGGGCGUGUACACGCCGCCGCGGCGGCACGCGUCGUCGCCGUUCCAGCCGCCGCCGCUGUCGCCGCUGCUGCUCUCCGGCUGGAAGGACAGCACCCCGCCCGACUGUCGCCUGUUGACGCGCCAGCUGGCCGAGGAGAUCCGCCUCCUCAUCCCGGCCCGCCUGCAGCUGUGCGAGGACUGGUCCCUCGCGUAUAGUCUCGAGCAGGACGGCGUCAGCUUGGCUACCCUGUAUAAGAAGUGCGAGGACUUGAGGGGGAGGCGCGGCGGCUACGUGCUUGUCGUCAAGGACGAGGGUGGCGGAAUCUUCGGGGCCUACCUCUCCGACCCCCCGCACCCAGACCCGCACUUCUACGGCACAGGCGAGUGCUUUCUGUGGCGCGCGCACGUCCUCCCCGGCCUCCCUCCGCUGAGUUCCCUCCCGCCGCCGCCGUCGGAGGAUACGACGCACGCGCAGCGCAUGACGAGCAUCUCGCAGCCGAAGCAGCAUCUCAGCCCGCCGGCGAGCGGCGCCCCCAGCGGCGCAAGCACGCCCGAGCGCAUCCGCUUUAAGGCGUUUCCCUAUAGCGGCGUGAAUGACUAUAUGAUUUUUUGUGAGCAGGGAUAUUUGAGUGUUGGCGGCGGCGACGGCCACUACGGCCUCUGGCUCGACGACAACCUCGAGGAAGGCGUGUCGAGCGCGUGCCCCACGUUCGGGAACGAGCCGCUCAGCGACGAGGGCACCAAGUUCGACGUCUUGGGCGUCGAGCUCUGGUACAUUGGCGUGUAG